CCACAAGUUUCGUUCAACAACCUUGUUUUUUUAUAUUUUGGCGGUUUUGGAGCUUUUUCCUUCACUCUUUGUCCCUUUUCUUCUUCAUGAUUUACAGGUUUUCGCUCGACGGAGCGGCAGAAUAAACAAUUUCGCAUACCGUCCUCCCAGGUUUGCUACAGAACUUCAUCUCUUUGGUGAGCUCGAAGUACACAGAAACUUCUUGAAAAAGAUACAGGGAAAAGAAUGGCAGUGUCUAUGAGGGAUUUGGAUUCUGCAUUCCACGGGGCUGGACAGAGGUCUGGCUUGGAGAUAUGGCGCAUUGAAAAUUCCCGUCCUGUUUCUUUUCCCAAGUCAUUAUACGGAAAGUUCUUCACACGAGAUGCUUACAUAGUCUUGGCGACAAUCGCUUCAAAAAGUGGUGCCUUGCAUCAUGAUGUCCAUUAUUGGCUUGGUAAAGAUACAAGCCAGGAUGAAGCUGGAACUGCUGCUAUCAAGACUGUUGAGCUUGAUGCUAUUCUCGGUGGUCGCGCAGUUCAAUAUCGUGAGGUACAGGGACAGGAGACUGAGAAGUUUUUAUCAUACUUCAAGCCAUGCAUUAUUCCACAAAAAGGUGGAGUAGCAUCUGGAUUCAGGCAUGAUGAAGUCAAUAGUUGUGAGAAUGAAGCUCAGUUAUAUGUUUGCAAGGGGAAGCAUGUUGUAUAUGUGAAAGAGGUUCCUUUUACUCGUUCUUCACUCAAUCAUGAUGAUGUAUUCCUUUUGGACACCAAGUCUAAGGUUUUCCAGUUCAAUGGGUCCAACUCAUCCAUUCAAGAGAGGGCUAAAGCUCUAGAAGUUGUGCAGUACAUUAGGGAAACACACCAUGAUGGGAAGUGUGAGGUCGCAGUUGUUGAUGAUGGAAAGCUCAUGGCUGAUGCUGAUGCUGGAGAGUUCUGGUCUCUUUUUGGUGGCUUUGCGCCUCUUCAUAAAAGAGCAACCUCAGUGGCUGAAAAUGUUGAAGAGGCCUUUUCAGCAAAGCUAUUAUGUGUUCACAAAGGGAAGACAACAACCAUUGAAACUGAUUUGUUGACUAGAGAAUUAUUGGAGUCAAACAAGUGUUACAUGAUCGAUUGUGGAGUUGAAGUUUUUGUGUGGAUGGGCAGAUAUACAUCCCUCGAUGAUAGGAAAAGCGCAAGUGUUGUUGCAGAAGAAUUAGUUCAAGAUCCAGAUCGACAAAAAACUCAUUUGAUUCGGAUAAUUGAGGGGUUUGAAACUGUGAUGUUUCAAUCUAAGUUUGAUUCAUGGCCUGAGACAUCUAAUGUGGCUGCAUCGGAAGAUGGCCGUGGCAAAGUUGCAGCUCUCUUGAAGCUUCAAGGUCUUGAUGUAAAGGGCCUUAUGAAAUCUGAUCCUGUAAAAGAGAAGCCUGAACCAUGCAUUGAUAGCUCAGGCGUUUUACAGGUUUGGCGUAUAGAUGGCAAUGAGAAGGCCCUUCUUUCAUCUUCAGAGCAGUCAAAGCUUUAUACUGGAGAUUGUUAUGUUUUUCAUUAUACAUCUCCUGGAGAAGAAGGUGAGGAGUAUCUUAUUGGCACAUGGUUUGGGAAGAAGAGCGUUGAGGUUUGUCUUAAGCUUUUUACUUGUUGUGGUGGAUUGAAAACUCUAUUCAUUUUUUGA